AUGACUGAUACUUCUCAUGACUCGGACGAACCGCGCAGUCACCCAAAGAAUAACAGCCAGGCUCACGAGAAUAGCCCGCAGUCUAAUCACUCAGGGGCUGACUCCACUAGCUUGGACAGCACUUCCAGGGAUGGAGCCCACCCACAGGCAAAGCCCAGCACUCAAGAUAGAGUGAGGGUAGCAUACACUGAAUAUCUUCAUGAUGAUACCAAGGAGCGUCACAAGGGUAAGAUAUACAGGGAGUAUGCAUAUGGCGAUCGUGGAUUUCCGGGCUUGAUCCCACCUGGAGCAACUCUUAUUUUGGAUGAGAGGUCCAGCCUCUGUGGUGAAUUUACUUUCAUACUGCGAAGUUCAGAAUUGCUCAUGUGCUCCGGUUCGGCUGGUGUGGGGCCUGCGGCCCGAACAGCCAAUCACAUGAGUCUGUCAUCUGUCAACUCCAGCAAACUUUGUCUUGAAAAAAGAAAACCAACUCCGGGUAAAUUGUAUUGGAGGCAAUAUGAUCAACAACACUACAAGAUACUAUCAUCAGAAUGCUACCAUCAGCCACGGAGCUCCGCUACUUUAUUGCAAAACAGCUUUGAUAGUGUGCUGCCCAGAUUUCCAUUCACAGACUCUGGUGAGUGCGUGAUGGCUGCAUAUAAAGAUGAAUACUGCUCCAUGGCUGCCUUGUGGCAUCAGUAUUGUUUUACAGGCAGGAUCAUUUCUUAUGGCUUCCAUUCUUUGCUCAGUAUUUGAUUGCCUGUUGCCCUCUAGUCAUCACCGCAGAACGAAAUCUAUUGGUAAUGGACUGGUUCAACCCCUUCAAAACGACUUCCUAUGGCCCAUCAUUUAUGACCGCGGAGCGGAACGAAAGGAUGAUGGCGUGAUUCAAACACCCUACCAGAGCAUAUUACCUGCGCAAUGAAUGGCCCCAAUAGUGUCCAGAAAGCCAGAUGUUAGAGGGCGGUAUCAUCUUUCUGACGAAGUUACAAUGGUUGAAAGCUAUGAGGGAGUCAUGUAUGGUGAUUGGACUGGAGGGAAAUAUGUUAUCAUUGGCCAUGCUUGCACUACAUUUUCGCGAACACCUGUCCCAUUCUAUUGCAGUGUGGAGGACUAUGAAAAUAUGCCAAAUGCUAUUCCUGCUGUGAAUUGAGUUGACAAUUGGGAUCAGGUGGUGAAAAAGUAUGGUAGGAGAAAAUAGCGGCAUCUGGAGAAAAUCUUUAUA